GGGAGAACUAAUGCUCUUUUUGUUUUCAACUUUUAUAAUGAGUGUUAUAAGAAAAGCCAUUAGCUCGCUUCUUCUCUCUCUUCGUCGCGUCCCCUUCACUCGAGGAAGAGCAAACCCUAAUCUAGGAGAUGGCAAAUAGCAAUUUGCCCCGUAGGAUUAUCAAGGAAACGCAGCGUCUCCUUAGUGAGCCAGCUCCAGGGAUCAGUGCGUCGCCCUCGGAAGAGAACAUGCGUUACUUUAAUGUGAUGAUUCUUGGGCCGUCACAAUCUCCAUAUGAAGGAGGAGUUUUUAAACUUGAACUUUUUCUCCCUGAAGAAUAUCCAAUGGCUGCUCCAAAGGUCCGCUUUCUUACCAAAAUAUACCAUCCCAACAUUGAUAAGCUAGGACGGAUAUGUUUGGAUAUUUUAAAGGAUAAGUGGAGUCCUGCUCUACAGAUUAGAACAGUUCUGUUGAGCAUCCAAGCCCUUCUCAGUGCUCCAAACCCAGACGACCCACUUUCUGACAAUAUUGCUAAACAUUGGAAGACAAAUGAAGCUGAAGCUGUUGAGACAGCCAAGGAAUGGACUCGCUUAUAUGCAAGUGGACCAUAAUCGUGUUUUCAUCAAAUGAAAUUCUACAAUCCUGAUAUACCCUGGUAUUAGCUUUAACGGCAAUAAUGAACUGGAAAGUUUGAAAGCUUCUCCAUCAAGUAGCUGGUGGUGGUAUAAAAUCUGCAUAUUGUAAAUUUACUCUUAAUUUCAAAACAACUAACUCAAUAUCUGUAUCAUGAGCUACUGGAACUGCUUGCUCUUUAAUUUUUCUUGGGUUUCUAAUACACAUGCAUGUCUAUCAUCCAAAUCAUCACGAUGAUGCAAACUAAAUGUUUUUCAGACCUUUUUUAGUGAGCUUGAGGUGCUCAAUUACAAUGUUCUCGUCUUACUUUGAUC